AUGAGGUCCAUUCUACGCACGGCAGGCGUCUUUGGCCUGCUGGCAGGUGCCUCUCAAGCCAUUGAUGUCGACUUGACCGAUGACGACUCGAUCAAAUCGGCAUCGAGCACACUCGCUUUCGGUUUAUUAAAAUACUAUACAGGAAACAACACGGGAGAUGUGCCCGGAAAUCUGCCAGAUCCCUACUUCUGGUGGGAAGCAGGCGCCAUGUUUGGGACCAUGGUGGACUACUGGUUUUUCACUGGCGACGAUACAUACAACGCCAUCACAUCACAGGCAUUACUACACCAAGUCGGAGACGACAAAGACUUUAUGCCACAAAAUCAGACGAGAUCAGAAGGAAACGAUGAUCAAGGCUUCUGGGCCAUGGCUGCCAUGUCGGCUGCAGAGAACAAGUUUCCCGACCCGCCGGCAGAUCAACCACAAUGGUUAGCCUUGGCACAGGCAGUAUUCAACGAGUACGUGGAUAGGUGGGAUCCGGAUACGUGCGGAGGAGGGCUGCGGUGGCAGAUUUUCACAUUCAACAAUGGAUUCAACUACAAGAACUCCAUUUCCAACGGCUGCUUCUUCAACGUCGCUUCGCGGCUGGCGCGAUUCACUGGAAACCAGACCUAUGCCGACUGGGCCGAGAAGGUGUACGACUGGAUGACCGAUACUGGACUGAUCACUGCCGAAUUCCAAGUCUUUGACGGUGCGCAGGUCACCUCAAAUUGCUCAGACAUCGACAAGGCUCAGUGGACCUACAAUGCCGGCAUCUUUCUGCAUGGCGCAGCCGUCAUGUAUAACUUUACGGGAGGCGACGACAAGUGGAAGCAACGAACGCAGGGACUCUUGGACCAAACGACUGGGUUCCAUUUUGACAAUGGUAUCAUGGUUGAGAAGCCGUGCGAGGAGGGUGGUUUCUGCGAUAUUGAUCAGCAGAGUUUCAAGGCGUACCUCGCGCGCUGGCUGGCGGGUACAUCUCAGCUGGCCCCUUUUACCUUUGAUACCAUCAUGCCACUGCUGCAGUCCACGGCCACAGCCGCGGCCCAGCAGUGCAACGGCUCGCCGGCGGCGGCGCUGUACAAGGGCCCCGCAGGUACGGCCUGCGGGUUCCAGUGGACCAAGAGCCCCGAGUUUGACAACAUGGUCGGCGUAGGCGAGCAGCAGAGCGCUCUGGCUGCCGUCAUGUACAACUUGGUCAAGCGCACGACGCAAGCCCCCGUCACAGCCGACACGGGCGGCACCAGCAAGGGCGACGUCAAUGCCGGCGCCUCCACCGAGGACAAGAUGCCCGUUCUCGAACCCAUUACGCUCAAGGAAAAGGUUGCUGCCGGCUUCAUCACAUCGGCGCUGGCGCUCAGCGUGCUGGGCGGAUCUAUUUUUGUCAUGAAGUAG